CUUCAAAUUCCACCUCAUCUUUACACUCACUUUCAACCUCUCAGACUACCUCAUAAGCGAUUCUCAACUCCUUUCUUGCAUCUAGUUAUCAUCUCUGAAGAUGCCUUCUUCCAAUGUUGUUGUUAUUAUUGGCUGCGGUGGCAUGGGCCUUCCCCUCGCCCGACGUCUCGGCGCUGGGAGGCAGCUUUUCCUUGCCGACUUCUCAAACGACAACCUGACUGCGGCUCGAGAAGUUCUCCUCGAUGAGGGCUAUUCUGUUGAAACAAGGACAAUAGACGUGUCUGACUAUGCGUCUGUGAGCGAAUUCGCCCAAGCAGCCUCGUCGGCUGGCUAUAUCGAAACGAUCGUGCAUACAGCUGGCGUCUCACCAACCGGCCAAUCCAGCCGCACGAUUUACAGCAUCAAUCUCCUAGGGACCGCCAACGUCAUCGACGCACUCUUACCAGUCGCGCAAGCCGGCACAAGUCUUAUUUGCAUAUCUAGCAUGGCGGGUCAUUUAUGUCCACCGAUCCAGCCAGAGUUGGAACGCCACAUGGCCACAGCCCCGAGAGAUCAGCUCCUAAGCCACCACGACCUCGGGGUUGACGACACUAGUCCUGGAGGUGCACCCAAAGCUUAUGCAUAUUCAAAACGGGGCAAUCUACUUCGUGUCCAAGCGGCUGCUGCCGCAUGGGGACGUCGUGGUGCUAGAGUAAAUUCCGUCAGCCCAGGAGUCAUCUCCACAGAACAAGGUCGACGAGAAAUUGCUGGUCCCGCCGCAAAGUAUGUUGCAUCUUCUCCAGCUGCGAGAGUUGGAACGCCGCAGGAUAUUGUCAAUGCUGUUGCGUUCUUAGCAGAUCGCCAGUCGAGCUUUAUAACUGGAACCGACAUACUAGUAGAUGGUGGGGUUACGUCAUCUAUUAAAUGGAGGGGAACAGUGGAUAGCAAGGAGUAGGUAGCAAGCGAAAUGGUCAGUGGGAUUUUGCGACGGUCAAGGUUCUAAACAUAGUUCGUUCUUCAAGGCAUAGGCCACGUUUUGCUCCUUUUGAUAUCGGUCAGUAUGAAUGGAUGCAUAGAGUGUAUUUCACCUAGGUACUGUCUAUCGUCGAAUGGCUAGGUUCUUCUUAUAUAAGCUUAACUUUAUACGGCUUAUAUAGAAUCUUGAAGGUUAAAUUAGUCUUAAAUACUAUUUGGUAUCGGAGGUUGGGCCUGGGGCGAUUGACUGAAUUGAG